UAUUGUGUAUAAUUUUUGGUGUGUGUGUGAUAUUGUAGUAAUGCGGUUUCAAACCGCAUGCAUUUGUUGUAUUUUAAUUUUUGGUGUUUAGAAUACAAAGCAAGCUAUUAGUUAAAAUAAUCUAUGUGUUAAGUUUGUGUCUUCAAGCAACCAUGAACUCUAUCGAGCAAACCGAAGAUUUAAAAGCCUUUGAAAGAAGAAUAAUGGAAUAUAUAUCGUAUUUGCAGCCUUCUACUUCAAGGUGGCGAAUUGUUCUUAUCAUAGUGUCAGUGUGUACUGCAACAGGAGCAUGGUUGUGGCUUAUGGAUCCAAACACAUCAAGGAAUCCAUUUUUAUCUUCACUGUGGCAACAUCCAUUUUUCACCAUCAGUUCUGUGACUUUAAUUUUACUUUUUUUUGCUGGCAUUCAUAAAAGAGUGGUUGCACCUUCAAUAAUUGUUGGAAGGUUGCAAACCGUUCUGGAAGAUUACAACAUGUCAUGUGAUGAGAGUGGAAGACUCAUACUUAAACCUCGACCGGACAAUUAACUGCACAAAAGAAAUAAUAAAUGCAGCUCUAAUUGUACUAUUCUGGUAGAAAGGUGCAAGGAUCACUGUUACAUAACUUGUGUAUAUGGCAAUAGUGUAUAUUCUGUGCACACUUUAUCUGUUCUUUGUAACUUUAACAUUGAUGCUCCACAAUUUCUUUUAACAUUUCAUUGAACUCGUUUAAAUGAAAUUUUUAUUCCAUGUUUUGUUUUACCAUGGCUGAAAUUAAUAGUCACUUUACAUACAAGCAAUUUACAUAUCCAUGCAAAUGUGAAAUGCACAUUUGUAUGGUAAUAAACCAAAAAGUGAGUAAUUAAAA